GAUUAAUAAUUUACAAGUUAUCAUUUUAUUCACGCAUCUUGCGUAUAACGGUUCAUUUUUUAUUCGAAGUCGCUCGUGCAUCUUAUAUGAAAACGUGUGCAUGUUUUCUCAAAGGUGUGAUUAAAUAUAGCUUUUACAAAAGUACAGAAACAUUCAGCAAAGUCUGUGGUUUUGGUUGCCAUGUGACGCGUGGGCUUCCCAUUGUAUGCGCGUGAGACCGUUUUUGGCGCGAGAGCUUUCGCUCAGGCUCACGCUGAUUGGCCGGACGAGCCACUGGACGGAUGCAUGCGCGAGAGGCAGCAAACUCCUGUGCAGGGAGAAAGCCGCCGCCGCCUCAGCCUCAUUAUCCAACACGAAUAAGAAAACGUCGAAAAAAAAUCAGGGAGCUCUCAAUGCUGUAAUCAAAGAAUCAUCUCUGCACUUUAGGAAGUCACAUCCUCCAAUAGAACACUGUAGUGGGAACACUUUCCUCCCCGGACCAGGGAGCCACACAGGUCCCACUUGCUCAUAAGAAAGGCAUUCAGAAUAAGCCAUGGGAAAGAAAAACCAGAACCGUGAAGAUGAUGAGGGUGCUUCCUCAGAUGAGGAAGAGUAUGUAGUGGAGAAGGUCUUGGACAGGCGAGUUGUGAAGGGCCGUGUGGAAUAUUUCCUCAAGUGGAAAGGCUUUUCAGAUAAACACAACACAUGGGAGCCAGAGAAGAACCUGGACUGUCCAGAGCUUAUCUCUGAGUUCAUGAAGACCUAUAAAAAGGGAAGCAGUGGAAGCACACCCAGCAGCAAGCCCUCCAGCACAAGCUCUUCUUCGGCCCGUCCCAAAGACAGUAGCAGCAGCACCAGCAAGAGGAAAAACUCAGAAGAGGAGAACGGCAGUGGCAACAAACCCAAAAAGAAAAAGGAGGAUGAGAUCCUUGUAGCAAGAGGUUUUGAGCGAGGCCUGGAGCCGGAGAAGAUUAUUGGAGCAACAGACUCCUGUGGAGACCUAAUGUUCCUUAUGAAGUGGAAGGACUCUGAUGAGGCAGACCUUGUGCUUGCAAAGGAAGCCAAUCACAAGUGCCCGCAGAUCGUCAUUGCCUUCUACGAGGAACGACUGACCUGGCACGAAGAUGGCGACAAGAAGGAAAAGAGCGCCACGACGGUUUAAAGGGCAGAGGGGGGAGGAAAGACGCUGAGUCCUCCAAACCUUGUGUUCUUUGUCACACCGGUGACACUCUCAUAGCCAACUUUUAAUGGACCAUUUAGUAAAAACAACGGCCAGCGAGUAUUGGAGGUUACUGCCCACCAUGACAGCCUCCGUCCACCCCUCAUGAAAAGGCAUCUCUCACCAGACAAACCGAAAGGUCAUGGCGAGCGGCGGCUGCAGCAGAUCGGUGGAACGUGAUCUCUCUUCUCUUACUCUCUCUGAUCUUCCUUCUAUUUUGUCUAGGGCUGGACAAUGUAUUGCACGAUGUAUUCACGCUCAUCUCGUCAGCAAAACCGGUUCUUUGAUUAGCUGUAAAAUCUCCAUCACCUGUUUUCGAAUGAAGCGGCAGUUAAUACACAGAUCACUGACAAGCUAUGCAGUAUAAUUCAGUAUCGCAAAUGAAUCGCCUGCAAAACUGAAUGAGAUAUUGCAUUUCUUGUCAGUGAAUUACGGCUCCGUGUAUUAAUUGCCGCUCCAUUCGAAAACAGGUGAAGAUUUACAGCCAAUCAAAGAACCGGUUUUACUCACAAGGUUAGCAUAAAUACAUUGUGCGAUAUAUUGCCCAGCCCUAGUUUUGUCAUAAUUUGUGUAUUUGUGCCCCUACAACUAUGUUCUUAUGACGUGUUGUGUGCUAGUGUAGAUGUGAAACAAUGGAAACCCGUACAUGUCAAACUUUUAACUUUCGUGCUUUUGGAAAUGACUGAAAAUAUCAGUUGCGUGUGCGUUUAACAUCUAAAACGCUGGAUAAAGACUUGACGGCGUUGGUUUUAAUUCACAAGCUCAUGUCACCCUCUCUACUGAUUUUAUUUUAUUUUUUUCAGGUAAAAUUUAUUUUGCUGCAUCACCAGUUUAACUUUUAAUAAUGACCCAUGUGAGCCAAAAUCAUGUUUUUUGGUUUCUUAUUGCCACAUAAUGAAACUACACCUUCUAGCUUUUCCCAUAUGAAAUUUCAAACAUCGCCAUUUAUUUUUUUUCUACCGUUCGCCCUCUAACGUCUUUGUAAAACUUUUAAGAAUUGGCCCAUUUUUACCACUCUUACCUUUGAACUUAUCACUGUUGCUUACAGGAGGGCAGACAAUCAUCAUCAUGAGUGUAAUGGGACUUUUAUUUUUUAAAUUUUUUUUUUUUUUUAGUUGUUUCUACACACUUUUCCCAUGAUGCUCCCUAAAUUCAACUGAUGUGCUCCCUCUUGUGGCUGACUUGGUGAACACAUUCCCUGUUGACCUCAUGAACUCAGAGCUGUUCUCAUUCACGUGGUAGUUUAAUCAUGUCAGAUUCUUAUUACUUUUUUAACCUAGAGCUGACUCAAUAAAAUGGUGUUUAUCAAGGUUACAUGCCUAUACUAGAGUUUAUGCUUUGUAGUGUUUUUUGUGUGCUUUGCAAAGCCACCGAACAAAAGCUACUCCUUCGAAAUCAUUUACAAAAGGAAACGAGCUUGUUUUAUUUGAAAUGUAUGGGCACAGUCCACUGACAGCAGUAGAAUAGUGAGAAAGGUUGAAUUUGAGUUGUUUGUAAUAUGGGGGAAAGUUUUUAAACAGGGUUGAACAUUGUGUAGCUAAAUUUAUUUUUGUUUGGUAUGGUUUUUGUUAUAUUACAAAAGGACCAUCCCUUCCGUGAUCAUUUUUACACAUGACUAGCAGUUGUUUUUAAAAUGUGCAACAAUAGUUGUAUUUUGCUAUGUCGAGUACAUAGCUUUUUUUUAAUGUCCUGUACCAUAUUUUAGUAAAUAUAGUUUUCGACACUAACAGUUGAACGUUUCUGGAAACCCUCAACCUUGAGUUUAUGACUCAAGUCAAGCAAAAUAAAUUUCAUUGUAGUGCUGAGACUAUGAAGUUUCACUUUAUGCAACGGUUGUGAAAACACGCAAUUUCAAAAGAUGUAUACAUACCUUCUGAUUUCGUGCAGUAUUUUGUUUAACCUGAAAAGCAGUGCUGAUGUGUACCAGCAGAUGUCAUAAUGGAGUAGGUCUUGUCUGUUAGGUUCUGCUUGCAUAGGGAAUCUGAAUACACGAAAAAAUAAGGCUUCCUUGGUGUAUUUGUGCUUUUCAUCCUUGUUAAAAGUAAAAUAUUUGGUCUAUAAAUGUUAUAUUCGCUGAUA